AUGAAACCAGAAAUCAGCCGACAGGUUUUUGUAUCAGUUUGUCUCACUGUGAGGAGGAGUGAUGGCCGUAGCUAUGGCUACCCGAUCUUUGGUUCUGGAACCAAACUGUUUGUAACGGGUAGAAAAGUGGUGCCGCCCGAGGUGACUGUGUGUCCGGUGAAAACUAAAGACCGUGUGGAGGGAAACACGGCUCUGAUGUGUCUGGCCUCAGGCAUGUAUCCUCCUCCGGUCCAGAUCUCCUGGAAAAGACAGAAGGGCAGCAAGGAGGAGCCGGCGCCUGCUGAGGAGAAACAGCAGGAGAUCAGCGGGUUGAAAAGUUCUGCCAUCAUCAGGCUGGUUAAAAACGAGACGCUCUACAAUUAUGAUUACAUCUGUGAAGUUCAGCAUGAGGGCGGCAAGGUGACGAACCAAACGCGGUUCAAAGAACUUCCAGAACCUCCAGCUCCAACAAAGUCUGGAGCAGCAACUGAUCCGCCAGCAGCUCCUGCGCCGCCACCAGCUGCAGCGUCUGUCCGUCCUCAGCUCCCAGUGAAGCUCCCAGUGAAGCUCCCAGUGUCCUUCCAGCCUCGCUGCAGGGUGAAGCUGCUCUGCCUGCUCUACUCAGUGCUGAUAGUGAAGAGUCUGGUGUACUGCUGUGGACUCUCUCUGCUGAUGGUCCUCAGGACCAAGGGACCGGCCCCCAGCUGAACCCUCUGCUGCUGCUCACAUCACAUCUCAGCAGUUCGUCACAUUCAUCAGCUUUAAGAAACGUUGUUCAGGACAAACUGUGGAAUGUACUUUUGAUUUAUUCUGCUGCAUUUUAUUAUAAUGAUUUCUUUGCUUUUCACUUUUUACAGUGUUGUAGAUUCUACAGAUUUAUUCAUUCUGUAUUUGAAAAAACUCGAACAUUUCUUUCUCAUGUUUCUCACUUUUUAUAACUUUUAACUGACAUGAAUGUAAUGAAAUUAACACAAUAAUAAAACCAUGUUUCCAACAUCAA